CCUCUACUGCCUCUACAGCUGAAGUAUUUAAUUACCGCCGUAACUGUCACUUCGACCAACAGCUACCAACAGCUUCUGCAUUCCCCUUGUCAGCUGCGAAUCCAGCGGAAGAAGUACGUAGCGUCAGCAAAGCAAACACCCAGACCGCCGGGCUCAGUGAACACUUGUACUGCUAGUAGUAGACUACGUCGUACUUGCGAUAGACGCCGCCAUGGGUUUGUCUGCGUCAGACUCCGCGUGCAACUCGACUGUGUCAGUCUGCUUAGAGCUCUCCCGAUCGCACAGCACCUGGUCAGGAAGCAAGAGGAAAAUCCAAGCCGUCGGUUCCGACUCCGUCUCGGAGUCUGACGGCUCGGCAAGCUUCCGCUCAGAAAAGCUCCAGCGCGUGCGCGGUUCCCCCAGCGACUGCGCCCGCGCUUGCGCAAGCGAUUGCUCCUCCCCAUCCGCCGCGGCGAUCCCUCUCGACCGCAGGGAGCGCGAUGAGCGCAACACCAUCAGCGACAAUGUUUUCGGGCCGUCCGUACACCAGAUUGGCGAUUUUUUCGAUAUCGACUGCGAGGUUCUCGGCUCAGGCCAAUUCGGCACAGUUCGCCGCUGCGCGCACCGUGAAACCAGGUUACCUUUCGCAUGCAAAUCCAUUUCGAAGCGGCACCUCUCGACCGAAGACGCGCGGGACAAGCUUCGACGCGAGGUUCGGACGAUGCAGAAGGCCGCGGGGCAUCCGGGCGUGGUGCAACUGCGCGGAGUUUUCGAGGACGCAGAUUCGGUGCACCUGGUCAUGGAUUUGUGCGACGCGGGCGAGCUCUUCGGCCUGAUCGCGCAUCGCGGCUCGUUGACGGAGGAAGAGGCGGCGCUGGUUCUCUGGCAGCUCGCAUCUGGUGUCGCGUUCUGCCACUCGCGCGGCGUGCUGCAUCGCGAUUUGAAGCCAGAGAAUAUUCUCCUAAGCAUGGAGAAUCUUUCAAAUGGUUCUGUAUUCCCUAGCGAAACCGGGGCUUGUAACGAAGCUGAUUGUAACGAGGGUGACGCUGACUUCCUCGCUGUCAGAAUCGCGGAUUUCGGGCUCGCGAUCGAGCUUCAAUCGCACGAAGUAGCACGCGGCGCAGCAGGAUCCCCGUUAUACGUCGCUCCCGAAGUCCUUACCGGAGCGUAUGGUUAUACCGCGGAUGUCUGGUCCUUGGGAGUCAUCCUCUUCGUCAUGCUUAGCGGUCGCCCGCCGUUUUGGGGAAACUCGAACCAAGAGAUCUUCGAUUCCGUCGUGCACGCGCCAGUUAGUUUCCCCGGCAGUUCGUGGGAUGGAGUGUCCGCAGAAGCGAAGACGCUGAUAAGGUGUAUGCUCCAGAAAGACCCCGUGCGCCGACCGUCGGCAGCGAAGGUGCUGAGCCACCCGUGGGUCCAGCGGCACUUGCGGGGAGAGGAUAGCACUUCUAGAAAUGUAUUGGAGGGUUGCAAGGGGACUCGUUUGGGGCAGGUGUGCUUGUAGGACGAGGCUCCCUCGGAAUCGUGUAAAUAACUACUACAUCAGUAAACACGACCUCAACAG